CCACACCUCCACCGUCGCUGACUCCACCCCAAGAGGACAGCCCGCCUGUCGCUCGGACCUGUUGCUUUGCUGGCUGUGUUGGCGUUGCUUUGCUGGCUUGCCUCCUUGCCUGUGCCGCGGUGUCAAUUGAGAAGCGAGCAAAGCCUCAGAGAGAGAGAGAGAAGGAGAGGUGUUAAACAAGAGGGUGGUGGUAGGGUAAUACAACAUCGUCGUUUCGUAGAAGAGCGCACGUGGAAGAGCGGGUGGUGGUCGGUGUCGCAGAAGACGAAGAGGGACGCCAAUUGUCAGCGAUGGCGAAAAAGGGAACGGUGGAAGCAAAGUGAACGUUUAAAAAGGACAACAACAAAAACAUCAAAGCGAGGAUUUGAAAAAUAAGGACGAUGUAGACGGAAGAAGGGAGAAGGAGGAGGAGAAGGAGGAAAAAAUAAUGUAAUAAGGUGUUGGUGUGUUUGUGUGUCGCGAGGCCCGGGCACCGCGCGUGUGCGCCCAUAACAACCGGCGCGUCGAAGGACGCGCCGGGCACUUGAAAAGCAACGCCUACUCGUCUCUAUUAUCAACGUUAUAACUACGACUAUUACCUACGUUGCUUGUCCUCCUCCUCGUCAUCGUCGCUGCCGUUUGAGAGAAGGAAGAAAGGAGGAGGAAGGGAUUUACGUGAGGUGUUGUGGUUUUUUUGUGCCGUGCGCGCGUGCGUUACAAUUGCGGCGUGGCGUGUGGGUCACGACUGGAUGAAGACAAUGGGCGACUUCGUCGUCAACCGCGUGGGAUUUCUACGUCGUAGCAAGUAGUGUUUGUUGAUAGCUGAUAUAUAUAAAACACAAAAAAACAUUUUUUAUUACGGUGGUGCUGGCGGGUGGCCGGUUACAUCGUCCGUAGCGGAAGAACAAGAAGAUAAUUACAGACGUAAUUCGGUAAAGAAAGACAAUUUACAACGGCAAGGUACACCAUGCCAGGCUGUGGAGGUGUGCGGGUCUCCUUGGCCGAGGUUCUGGAGGUGCAGAAUGGGCCUUUGAAUGAAGAAGAAAUUUGGGCCAUUUUAACCCAAAGCGCAGAAGCCUUACAACAUCUGCUCGCCACAGACGGCGAGUUGGUGUCGCCCCACGCCGCUCUGGUGUCACCGUGGGCCCUGCUGCUGCUGCCUCAUGGCGCCAUCGCCUUGGCCGUCGAUGGCCGGGAGGCGCGGGGUCAUGACCUGUCGGCCUUCACGCCUCCUGAGUGCGCGCGCUGGCGCGGCACGCCAGUCACUCCGGCCGCUGCCGAGAAGGUUCUUGUGUACUCCCUCGGAAUGACUCUGUACUGGGCGGCUGAUUACCAAGUGCCUGACAAACAGCCCAUAAAUCUGGACGAGCACAUCAACGGGCUUCUGCUGAGCAUGUGUGAGGACUCGGUUCAUCUCCGCACGCCCGUGUCUGCCAUCCUGAGCGCCUGCAUUGAGCACAGCAAGCUGAGUGGCGCCAAGCCAGCGAGCACAUCUGUCAGAAAUCUGGCGAGGAUGGUGCUGGGCAGCAUCACACAGCUGGACAAGACUAAUGGCGGCACGGAGGGGGCAGAGGAUGUGCACUCGCGAAGACAGCGCAUCCGGGAGAAGCUCAGGAGAAGAACGCAACCGGUAUCGCUAGGCCUGCCCGAGGGAGCCGUGAGCGUAGACGCAGGCAACGGAAGGGACAUGUCCCAUGCUGCCAUGCUGAGACACAGAACAGACAGGCCUGCCAUCAAUCACAUGAGCAACGGGCUCAGCAAGUCGGUGGGACAUCUCGCGUACGCCGCCAAUAGGGCCGAGGACGCCUGGCGCUCCGCGGGGCAUCUUGACGAUGCGAGGACGACGACGCCAACGGCGUCGUCCUCCUCGAGGGCCUACGAGCCUCCGUUCUCAGGGCGGCCACCAGAGUCGACCCGCGGCUACGAAGUGGCCGACCAGCAUUCGCGCCACGGCACGCCGUUGCCCUGGUCCGAAAACCGGUACCACACCAUCGGGCACGAAGUGCGCUCGCGCAGCCCCCGCGACACCGCCGUCGUCACCCCCGUCGGCUCGGAGGCGUCCAUGUCGACGGUGCGCGCGAGCCGCUACGACGAGCCGUACGCCGCGCCGCCCGCGCCGAGGCCCAGGAGCCACACGCUGGGCCGCGUCGCCGGCUACCCCGGCCCGGCCUACGCCGACGACGGAGGCGGCGGCGCGUGGCACUCGGCGAGGGACGGCGGGGGGCGGCCGCGCUCGGAAGUGAUGGCGACGCCGGUGUACGCCUCGACGUCGGCGCUGUCCGACGCCUACGAGAGGAUCCGCGAGAAGCAGAGGACCCUCCACGUCUUGCGUGAAGCCCUGGGAACUGAAGGUCGGGAGCGCCAGCUCGCCGCCAGCUACGUGAGCGAUAGCUGCAGCACGUCCGCAGAGGAGGUGCCCAGCAGGGAUUUGCCCACGAGACAAGGGGCCAGGAGUGACGUAGCCUCCUCGAAUCGUGCGAUGUCACCGGUAACGUUUGAGGACGACGGUUUCUCCGGCAGCCGCCAAUUCCCGCACAUUGACAGGCGGUACGAUUUUACGCCGCCGGACAAGGUGCCGAGCCGCGAGGUGAUGCUGCGGCGGCAGGGAGAGGAGCUGCGCGAGCUGCAGGCUCGCAUGAGGCAGAGGCAGGGCUACCCGGCGCCGCUGUCCCCGCUGCGCGAGUCGUACGCGGCGGCGACGCCGCUGUCGCCCAUCCACGAGCUCUACAACUCCCCGCAGCGGCAGGACGGCAGCACCGAGGUCACGUUUGGUCCAGAGUUUGUGAGGUUGGCCAGCGAACCACCGAUAGCCCUCGAGGUCCCAGUCUCCAUAUUGGUGCAGUCCAAGAAGGGCAAGGCGGAGGACACGCGACGGCAGCUCAUGGUGAUCCUGCUCAACGGGCAGAGGCUGGAGCUCACCACGGACCCCAAGGCCAAGGGGAAGGAGGUGUUUGACUUGGUGGUGGCCCACACUGCGAUGGUGGAGCCGUCUCUCUUUGGCCUCGCCUACAGGAAAGACGCAGAAUUCUUCUUCCUGGGCUCGGAUGUGAAGCUGCACAAGGUGGCUCCGGAGAGCUGGCGCGAGGGAAACAAGCGACGACACAAGGCGGUCGACCCCUUCAACCUCUACCUCCGAAUCCGCUUCUUCCCCGACAACCUCGCGCAGCUCGAACACGAGCAGACAAGGCACCAGUACUACUUGCAGAUGCGGAGGGAUAUCUUGGAGGAGAAGGUGUCCUGUGACAGCGAGACGGCGAUAUUACUGGGCUCACUCGCGCUGCAAGCCGAGUACGGGGACUACAUUCAAAAGCUGCACGGGAAGAACUAUUUCCACCCUGAGCUCUACCUGCCGGGCAGCACCAUAUCACGCCUCACCUCAGCCUACGUCCGCGACGAGAUGCCUCGCCUGCAUGCCAGCUACAACGGCGCCGUCCGCGCCACCUCCGAACUCGAGUUCCUCAAGGUGGCCCAGAUGCUGCCCGACUACGGCAUGCAUUUGUACCGCGUGCGCAUGGAGAAGAAGUCGGCGGGUACCGUGCUGUUUGGGAUCUGCGCCACGGGCGUGGUGGUCUACAGUUUCCCCAACGGCACCCGCACCGCCAGCCUCAAGUUCCCCUGGAGGGAGACCAAGAAGAUCUCCUUCCAAAGGAAGAAGAUCACGAUGCAGAACACGAUGGACACGGUGAAGCACAUCUACCUUGCCGACGACCUCAAGACAUGCCGCUACCUGCUGGAAUUUUGCGCUGCGCAGCACGCCUUCACCAUGCAACGCCGGGGCCGCCAGCACGUCUCGGGGCUGCACUUCUACGACGACUGCUCGGGCACGCUUGGGCUGACGGGCGCCCCGAGCAUGAUGGAGUUGUCGGCCCCGACUCCACAGCCUCCUCGCCCGCGCCUGCACUCCAUGCACGCGCAGCUGCUGCACAACUUCUCGCGCUCGCAGGUGGACCUGUGCGGCGCCCGCCGCCCGUCGCAGGACAACGCCAGCAUGGACGACUCGUACCGACAGCUGCCCACGCACCUCGGGCCCGGCGUGCGGAGCCCGCGUAACUCAGAGUGGAGGCUCAGUACGACAUCAGAAAUGCUCAUCCCUGGCAUGGUGGAUGGCAAUGACGGAGCGAUGCGGUCCAGACCCGUGACGCCCCCACCCGAGAGGAUUAUCUCAUUCAUCCAGCUGAAGAAGCACCCGGCGCACGGCCUCGGGUUUCACAUCGUCGGAGCAGACGACAUGGGCCAACUUGACCUGGGCAUUUUCAUCAGCUCCAUCACCCCCGGGGGUCCUGCUGAUAAGAACACGCAGCUGAAACCCGGCGACCGGCUCAUCUCGGUGAACAACACGAGCCUGGAGGGGGUGUCGCUGGAGACGGCGCUGCACAUCCUGGAGUCCACGGGCGACGACGUGAUGCUCAUUGUCUCUCAGCCCAGGCACCCCCAACAGCUCAACCAAGGUGCUCAAGGUGCUUGGCACUCGAACACCGGCUCGGCGUUAAAAGUGCCGGCGAUCGUUCCCAACGCCAAGAGGAGGCCGAGCCUCGGCACGGCGCGGCGUUCGACCGCCACCGCCACCACGCACAGGAAGAAGGACAGCAUGAGCUCGGAGGUCUCCGGCACGGAGAGCGAGCAGCACCAGGGCCCGCCGCCGUUUGACGCGCACCCGGCUUCGCACGCCGUCGCCGAAAGAGGCCUGAGCCCGCAGGACCUGGAGCGGAUGCUGCCGGACGGCAGCAAGUCGAGCGCCGCCGUCGACAGGGCCGCGGGUGGCGGCGGUGGUGGUGGAGGCGGAGGCAGGGCGGCCAAGGACGACACCACGGAUGGGGGUGCCUCAUCUCGCAAAGUCUCGUUUCUGCAGGAGGUUCGCAAAGUCGAGGCCUUGAAAGGAAAUGGUGGCCUGAAGCCAGGGGACGUCUACACCCUGGAGCUCUACAAGCAGGACGGAAGCUUAGGGUUCAUUGUCACGGGUGGGGUGAAUACGACGGUGAGGCACGGCGGAAUUUACGUCAAGGCCGUCGUGCCAGGCGGAGCCGCGGAUCGCGAUGGGCAGAUCCAGAAAGGCGAUCGGCUGCUGGAGGUGGACGGAGUGAGCAUGCACUCGGUCACGCACAAGCAAGCCGUGGAGACUCUGCGCAAGACGGAGGAGCAAAUGGUGUGCCUGGUGCUGGAGAAAUGUGGUGCUCAGCUGGAAGACUUUGAAGAUGUUUCCAAUCCUGGAUUGCAGACCUCGACGAGCAGGGAGUUGUCCCCCAAUUCUCAAGUCAAGCGCUGGACAGAGGCAGGAGACUUCAAGUACUACAGCUUCGUGACGGAGAACAACGUGUUCGAGGUGCUGCUGAGGAAGGGCGUCGGCGGCCUGGGGUUCAGCUUCAUGGGCGACACGGACCCCGGCUCGCCGGAGGCCGUGCGCACCGUAGUGCGCGUCAAGCGGCUCUUCCCGGGCCAGCCGGCGGACGCGAGCGCCCGCAUCCUCCCCGGCGACGUGAUCCUCCGCGUCAACGGCAUCCCCCUCAAGGGGCUCUCGCAUCAGGCGGUGCUGUCCGUGCUGCGAGGAACAAGCGACGAUGUCUCCCUGCUGCUGUGCCGCCCGGAGCCGAGUGCCCUCCCUGAAGUCGACCCAUCGCUCAUGAGCCCCAUCGGUUCCCCGGUGAAGGAUCUGAGCCGAAUGAACACUCCGGCGCCCCGCCAGACGGGCAGCACGCCCACACCCCACCCCAGCCUCGCCACGUGCGGCCCCUACGAGAUCGAAGAGUCGGCGGUGGCGCACGGCCACUGGGACGGCGAGGGCCUGGACGGGAGCGGGAGCGCCGCCCGCACGCCCACGCGCAGGGACAGCUACAGCGACAGCACCGAGUACGAUUCCGACGGCGGUGGCGCUGCUGCCGCCGCCAGGGAAAAGGGCGCCAAGCGGCAUCCAGCUGGGCACUCUGGGUCUUCGUUCACACUGCCCACACCAUCCCCCGGCUUCCGGUAUCUCCCCGAGGUGCCCUCGCCGACGCCCCUCGACCAGGCCUACCUCAGCUCCAGCGAGGCCUCGCUCACCCCUCCUCCGCCACCGCGCGACACCAACGUGGACCGCUCCGAGCCGCCCUCGCUCUACCAGUCCAUUGCCGAGGCUGCGGAGGAGCGCACCACUCCCUGGGAGGGGGAGGACGGCGCCCCGCCGCCCAGCGAAGGAGCGGGCGUCGCGGAGCUCGACGCGGGCAGGGAGGCCGGGCCGUGGGUCGAUGUCGACGACGAGGACGAGUGCGAUGAAGAGUUUGAGGAGUACGCCCCGGAGGUGGAGGUGGAGCUGACGCUCGAGAAGGGGCCCGGCGAGGGGCUCGGCUUCACCGUGACGAGGGGCACCGAGGAUGGCGCCGCUUACAUCCGCGAGGUGGUGGAGGGGCCGGCGCUGCGUGACGGGAGGCUGCGGGCCGGCGACCGCCUCAUCGCCGUGAACGGAGUGGAGGUGGCCGAAAUGACCUACCCCCGCGCGGUGGCCAUGCUGCGCUCCACGCCCCAGUCGGUGACGCUCGUGGUCGGCAGGGCCCUGAAGAACCUGGGGGUGCCUCCGCCUGCACACACGCUGCCCACCAUCGUCCUGCAGCCCAAGGAGAAGGGCGUGGCUGGUCUGAGCCUGUGCGGGGGCAUCGGCAGCCCGCACCAGGCGGUGCUCGUGGGCGGCGUGGACGCCGGCUCGGCCGCUGCCUCCGAGGGCAGCCUGGCGCCUGGCGACCGCGUGCAUUACGUCAACGGGGUCAGCGUGCUCGGCAUGACGCUGGCCGAGGCGCAGCACACCAUCUCGAGCGCCGACGGAGAGAUUCUCGUCAAAGCCACCAGAGAUGGUCAACCCGUGGUCCCCAUCAAAGCCACGCCCCGCAGGGAGCAGAUACCUAACGGAAGCACGGAUCUAAUGGCAGAAGACCCUGAAAACAGCCGAUCAGAUCAAGACGUGACAUCAGAAAAUGGUGUCACCGAUGAAGAGGAGCAGCAUAAUGAUACGGACAGUUCUGAGGGCGGCGCGAUCAGCAUCGAGUUGGAGAAACCCGUGGGCGGAGGUCUCGGAUUUUCGGUGGUGGGCGGCGAUGAAGGUCUGCCGGUUCUGGUGAAAACCGUCUGCGUGGGUGGAGUGGCUGCACUCGACAACCGGCUGAGAAUUGGCGACACGUUGCUAGAGAUAAACGGGGAGCGGGUUGGCAGCAUGUCGCACGGGCGAGUGGUGGAGAUGCUGCGCAAGGCCCACGGCUGGGUGAGGCUGCUGGUGGCCCGGCCGCCGCCACCGAGCAGAAGUCCAUCGGAGGCGCCCGCUGAAAGCCGAGCGCCAGCGCCGCCCGUCGCCGAGCGCUACGGGCAGGACUCGCUCGACCUCGACGAGCAGGGCUCCGAGCUGCUGCCCACCGACUUGGCAGAGGUUUCCAUGCAGAAUGGCCACUCCCAGUCGAGCAGUAUUGUCCCAGAGCCUGCUGGGAAUUCAACGUGUGACGAGCUGGACCCCGAGGAAGAUUCAAUUUCACUGCACAAUAGCAAGGAACAUUUAAAUCAUAAUGGAGAGGAAGAUAGUGACGACGACUACGGGAAUGGCUGGGUGACCGAAGAUGAGGAUGAAGAUGGGGAAGAUGAAGAGGAAGACUUUGCUGGCAAGGAGGAGCCUGAUGCAGAUUCAACCCUGUCAGACAUCGUGUCGGAAGAGGCGAUAAAUGCCCUCCCUCUGGCUGUGCCGCCACCGGACAGCAUUUACACAGGGACCAAGCUGGAGGCUUUCAUCAAUAAAUUGCAAGAGCACAUCGCACAGCAAGGACCAGAGAAGGAGUUCCAGAGGCUGUGUAAUCUGACCCCGCGGGACGGCUGCUUAGUGGCAUCUGCUGUGGAGAAUCGAGAUCGGAACCGCUAUCGGAAUGUCCUCCCCUUCGACGCGACGCGCGUUGCCCUGUCGGGCCGCGAGGACGACUACAUCAACGCGAGCCACGUGGCGCUGCGUGCGGGCGACGCGGCGCUGGCGUACGUCGCUUGCCAGGGGCCCCUGCCGCACACGGCCGCCCACUUCUGGCAGAUGGUGUGGGAGCAGCGGGCGCGCGUCCUCGCCAUGCUCACUCUCGAGACGGAGCUGGGCCGGGCAAAGUGCCACCGCUACUGGCCCGAGUCGCGGUCGCGCGCCACGGAGGUGGGGCCCUACCGUCUGGUUCUGGAGCAGCAGCAGACGCUCAAGAGCUUCUGCAUCCGCGUGAUCAUGAUCACCAAAUUGGAGACCGGCAUUCGUCAGCGAGUGACCCAGCUCCAGUUCACGCAGUGGCCCGACCACGGCGCGCCGGCGUCGGCCGGACCCCUCGUGCGCUUCCUGCGCUUUGCGCGGCGCCUGCAGCUCGCGCUCGCCUCCCAGCCCGAUUCGCGCGGCUGUGACGACGCUCCAUCUGCCACCGCCGGCGCCGCCGCCACCGGGCCAACGUCGGCCGGGCAGGGGCAGCGGCAGCAGGAGGACGAGGAGGAACCGGGGCCCCUGGUGACGCACUGCAGUGCCGGCGUGGGACGGUCCGGCGCGCUCAUCUGCCUCGACGCGGUGCUGGCACACAUAGACCACGGCCUCGAGUUUAACAUUGCCGACAUUGUGAGAGAGAUGAGGACCCAGCGCUAUGGCAUGGUGCAGACUCUGGAGCAGUACAUCUUCUGCUACAAAGCAGCGCUGGAGACGCUACAGUAUUUGAAACAGAGGGAGGAAGGUUUGAGCUAGUGGCAUUAUAGCCAGCGGGCCUCCAUUGCAGAAGCAGCGACGUGUGAGAGCACUGUAUCAUACUUGGCUCCCUUGGCUCCCCACGAAGAAUACAUGAAUGCAUUUUAGCUUCCGCUUACUGGAAAGUUCAUCGUUCGUCUGCCUUCGUCUGCCAGUCUACCUGACUAUAAAAAUAAAAACAUUCAAAGUAUUAAUCUUAUAUUUUUGUGGUGAGGUUAAAGCUACUGAUUGCGUACAACGCUCCUCCACACAUGUAUAUAUAGAACAUAUCAAAAUAAUCCAUACUGUAGUUUUAUGAUAAUGAUUGGACAACGUUACCGUUAGUCUUAUGAGACGUAAAAUCAUACACAAAUGUAAUUUACUCUGCUCUUAUAAAGAAAAUGACCAAACUCAUCUUUGAAUCAUGCUUUUGUAACAAAUUACAAAUUCAAACGAUGUCUGACAAUGUACAAAAUGACUUUUACCUGGAAAAUAUUUUUUAAAUCUUUUUUUUUCCCGUGUGACUUGAUAGUUGAUACUAUUAAACACGAUUUAUUUGUG